AAGGUGUCCUUGGAUAGCCUUUGAAGUCUAGUAUCUCAAUUGAGUGGUCUUUGUUCGAGGAGAGAAAGCUUAUCUUACAAAAAUCGAGCUGGAGUGAGUGGUGGUCUGUGAACUCGAGCUGUGAGAGUGCUGAGACUGUUUGGUUGAUAUCUCGAGUUUUACAAAUCCAAUUAAGGCGUGUGAGAUACCCACAGAAAGCUCUCAAGACGAGGAAUCCGUGAAGGUCUGGUUUGCAGGAAUCGGAGUUGUGGAAGGCUUCCAAAUCGUCCGAGCAAAACACAACCUCGCAGGAGAGGAUUUAAUCUUCUAAAAGAAACGAGUUGACCGGGAAACACCCGUUCUAGGGGCUGUUUUCGUAUCAACGAUUAAGGGUUGAACUAGCACCUUGAGGAGGCUGUUUAACACUCAUAUUUGAGCAAGGAAUCAGUUCCAAAUCCACCUUGACCAAAGCUUUGACCAUUGGACCAAGAAGGGAAAGUUUAAAGCUCAAUUGAGGUUGAGGCUAGAGCUUGCUUCCUGUGCUCGUUGAUCGAGUGAUUCCUUGGAGAGAAGACUUGAAAUGGACCGUGGUGGCAGGAUUACUAGGAGAAACCCGACGGGCCGUGUACCAGUGGAGACUGGACAGGGCAGUCGAAGGACCUCUAGGGCAUCUAGAGGAGCUGGCCGUGGAGGCCGAUCACAGACCGUGAGUGACGGUCAUGUUGACACGGAAAGUGAGACCUACUGGUCCUAUGAGGACUCGACUUACCAACCGGAGACAGAGCCAGUUGAGACCCCUUAUGAAGGGGAUGAUGACGAUGUAAGUGAUGAGGAGGAAAAUGGCUCCUUAGCACGGAUCGAAGCACUACUCCAACAAUACCACAGGGAGCGUGAAGAGAGGAGGCAACGCCGAAGACGCCGAGCGAGGCAACCUUCGGGCAUGGCUUCAAGAGGAGGAAGUCAUGGUGCAUCUAGAGUCCAUGUGGAACCACAUGGAGGCCAAAAUGAUGGAGGUCCAACCAUAAGGAUCUCCAAAUUUAUCAAAGAAGCAAGGGAUUUGGGGUGCAAACCCUUUGAUGGAGCAGGGGACAUUUCAGUUGCAGCACAAUGGAUCAAGAGGCUAAAUGAAGCAGCCCUUGACAUGCAAAUCGCGCCGAAUCUCAAACUGAGAAUUGCGGUAAGAUUGCUCGAGGGGAUGGCAUCCAAGUGGUGGGAUGGAACCAAGAGCAAGUACGGUGAGACCGUCGUUUGGGAGGAUUUCCAACGGGAGUUCUUUGCCCAAUAUUAUUCGGAUUUUGAAGUGAACAAGAAGGUGAGGGAAUACACCCUCCUAACCCAAGGGGGUAACAUGACAGUGAAGGAACUUGAGUACAAGUUCCGGGAUCUCGUCGAUUACAUACCGGAGUAUGCUUGUGACGAGAACCGAAUGGUAAACCACUUUUGGGAUGCUCUUGACUUGGAGAUACGUGAUAGGGCAACACAAUUGCCUAAUAUGACUUUCGCCCAAGUGGUUGACCAAGCGUUGAAGGGGGAGAAACAGUGGGAGGAGAGGAAGAAGAGAGACGCCGAGGAGGCGAAAAAGAGAAAGUGGGAGAGUCAUGGCUCCCAAGGUUCCAACAAAAAGGGGAACCAUGGAGGAGGAUCUUUCCAGACACCGCCGCCACCGUCUAGGGGGAACCAAGGCCCGAGUGGGCAAGGCUCGAGAACACAAACCUCGGUGAUAACUCGUUGCAACAAUUGCAAGAAGAAUCACUCCGGUAAGUGUCGCGACCCCCCCAGAUGUUUCCAAUGUGGGGAUGCCGGACACUUGAAGGCGCAUUGCCCCCAGUUGGGUUGGGCAAGGACAUCAGGACCAAGUAACGGGGCUGCGGGAAGUAGAAACCAAGCCGGGGGUUCCCAAGUAACCAGGGGGCAAGGGGGAGCAAGCGCGAGUAACGCGCCGUCCGUGAAUCAAGGAAGGACGCAAGCUAGAGUCUACGCAAUGACCGAGGCUGAUGCUCGGGCUAAUUCUGACUCCGUCGCUGGUAAUACACUUAUUUUGGGCACUUUUAGGCUUACUUAGAUCAUGUACGUCGUUGGGAUUGAGUGCGGGCCACCCCGGGGCCAAAACCGGGUGAGUUAGGCCAAAUCAGGCUGGAAACAGCCACUGCCGGCCAGGCACGCCCGCAGGCACGCCGUGCGUGGCACCGUGCCUGGGAGGCAGUGGCCUCGCUGAGGAGUUCCGGCCAGGCACGGAUGCAGGCACGCCGUGCGUGGCACCGUGCCUGGGAGGCAGUAGCGCCCAGGGCUUUUUCCCAAGCCAGGCACGACCGUGCCUACCCCAGGCACGCCGUGCCUGGCACCCAGAAUGCCGAAACCCGAUUUUUUCGCACCGUUUUGCGACAUUAAGACCUUUUCUUGAUCCAAAACACAUGUGUGAACAUAAUAAACCUCUCUAAAUGUGUAAGAAUGGUAGGAAAGGUAUCUUACAUGACUUAUAAAUGUAGGAACACUAAAGAUUAAUGGGAAGGAUGCGCGAAUCCUUAUCGAUACCGGGGCGCAACGUUCAUUUGUGAAUGAAGCGUUCGCCAAGAGGUUGGGAGUGCAAUCCGCACCAUUGAUGCAAACCUUAGUGGUGUCAACACCACUAGGGGAUGACGUGGAAAGAACUUGUUACUAUCCAUCUUGUGGGGUGGAGGUUAAUGGUCAAACCUUGACAUGUGACUUCGUACCGCUGAGCAUGAUUGAAUUCGAUGCAAUCCUAGGGAUGGAUUGGCUAGAAAGGAACCAUGCUAGGGUAGAUUGCUACACGAAGGUUCUUGAACUCGAAGGCAAUGAUGGGGAGACCCUACGCUUCGAGGGCGAUCGAGGGAGAUCAAAUAGCUGCAUCAUAUCCGCCGUGAGAGCGAGAAGUAUGAUGAGAAAGGGAUGCCACGCAUAUCUAGCAUACGUGGUUGACAAAACCAAAGAAGAAACGAACAUCGAUGAUGUGAGGGUGGUUUGUAAGUAUCCGGAUGUCUUCCCUAAAGACUUACUGGGGCUUCCACCUGAUAGGGAGAUUGAAUUUGUGAUCGAGGUCGAGCCUGGUACCAAACCAAUCUCCAUACCGCCAUAUUGUAUGGCACCCGCUGAACUUAACGAGUUGAAAACCCAAUUGCAGGAGCUUUUGGAUAAUGGUUUCAUUAGACCCAGCCACUCCCCGUGGGGAGCACCAGUUCUUUUUGUGAAAAAGAAAGAUGGGACACUCCGAAUGUGCAUUGACUAUCGUCAACUGAACAAGGUCACAAUCAAGAAUAGGUAUCCUUUGCCUAGGAUUGAUGACUUAUUUGAUCAACUACGAGGAGCAACCGUGUUUUCAAAGAUUGACUUGAGGUCGGGGUACCGCCAAUUGAAGAUUAAGGAGGAUGACAUACCAAAGAGUGCUUUCCGCACAAGGUACGGGCAUUUUGAAUUCCUUGUUAUGUCGUUUGGGUUAACAAACGCCCCGGCGGCAUUCAUGGACUUGAUGAACCGAGUAUUUCAUAAAUACUUGGACCGAUUCGUGAUUGUGUUCAUAGAUGACAUCUUGAUUUACUCAAGGAGUGAAGAAGAGCAUGAAGAGCACUUGAUACUUGUUCUUGAGACACUACGGGAGAAGCAACUCUAUGCCAAAUUUUCUAAAUGUGAAUUUUGGCUAAAGGAGAUUGGCUUCCUCGGGCACGUGGUUUCUGGAUCGGGAAUUGCUGUUGAUAACAAGAAGAUAGAAGCCAUUACCGAAUGGGAGAGGCCAAAGAACGUCAAGGAAAUUCGUAGUUUCCUUGGAUUGGCAGGCUACUACAGGAAGUUCGUGGAGAAGUUCUCUGUUUUGGCAUCACCAUUGACGAAGCUCACUCGUAAAGGAGCUAAGUUUGUAUGGGAUGACAAAUGUGAGAAGGGGUUCAUGGAACUAAAGAAACGAUUGACCGAGGCACCGGUACUUGCAUUACCCAAACAGGGUGUGGGGUACGAUGUCUAUAGUGAUGCGAGCAUCCAAGGGCUUGGGUGUGUACUGAUGCAGAAUGGGAGGGUAAUCGCCUAUGCUUCACGACAGUUGAAGAAGCAUGAGGUGAAUUAUCCUACUCAUGAUUUGGAGCUGGGGGCAGUGGUGUUUGCACUGAAGAUAUGGAGACAUUAUCUCUACGGGGAGACAUGUCACAUAUACACUGAUCACAAGAGCUUGAAAUACGUGUUUACUCAGAAAGAGCUAAACAUGAGACAGAGACGGUGGAUGGAAUUGAUAAAAGACUACCAUCUGGUGAUAGAGUAUCACCCAGGCAAGGCUAACGUGGUGGCAGAUGCUUUGAGCCGGAAAAGCUCGUCUGGGCCAUUGCUAGCUAAUUUGAGGGCAUUAAGAGCCCAACUGGAGGUAUCCAGCGAUGGUGCCUUAUUGGCACGAUUUGAGGUGAGACCUACUUUACUUGAUGAGAUCAAGAAGGGUCAGGAAACCGACGAAGAAAUUAUGAAGAUCCGGGAACGCAUGCAAGCGGGACCGGUGGAGGACUUCAGAGAAAGAGAUGACGGUCUCUUAUUAUUUCGUGACCGAGUGUGUGUACCGGCAGAUGACGAGCUCCGAAAGUCCAUCUUAGAGGAAGCUCAUUCAUCGGCUUAUGCCAUGCACCCGGGGGGCACGAAGAUGUACCGUGACCUGAAGGAGAGUUACUGGUGGUCAGGUAUGAAGAGAGAAAUAGCCGAAUAUAUCAGUCGAUGCCUUACUUGUCAACAAGUUAAGGCAGAACAUCAGCAUCCAGCGGGCUUAUUGCAACCACUUUCCAUUCCUGAAUGGAAGUGGGAACACGUGACUAUGGAUUUUGUGGUAGGGUUGCCACGGACGAUCAGGAACUAUGAUGCAGUUUGGGUUGUUGUAGAUAGGCUCACAAAGAGUGCACACUUCUUACCUAUCAACACUACUUACCCACUCGAGAGGUUAGCCAAAUUGUACACGGAUGAGAUCGUGAGGCUACAUGGGGUUCCAGUGACCAUUGUAUCCGAUAGAGACCCACGAUUCACAUCACGUUUUUGGCCGAAAUUUCAGGAGUCUAUGGGAACGAGGUUGAAGUUCAGUACUGCUUUCCACCCACAGACGGACGGGCAGUCUGAAAGAGUCAUACAGAUCUUAGAAGACAUGCUGAGGGCUUGUGCAUUAGAGUUCCAAGGAAGUUGGGACAACCACUUAGCACUUGUGGAGUUUGCCUAUAACAACAGUUAUCAGGCAAGCAUCGGCAUGCCUCCAUACGAGGCAUUGUAUGGGAGGAGAUGUCGUACACCGUUAUGCUGGGAUGAGGUUGGCAUGGCCAAACUCGAGGGUACUGAGUUGGUUGAGGUCACCAAAUCAAAGGUGAAGUUGAUUCGAGAGAGACUCAAAGCGGCUCAGGAUAGACAAAAGAGUUAUGCAGAUAAGCGUCGAAGAACCUUAGAGUUUAAGGUUGAUGACGAGGUAUUCUUGAAAGUUUCUCCUUGGAAAGGGAUCAUUCGGUUCCAAACCCGAGGAAAACUUAACCCACGAUAUAUAGGUCCAUUCAGAAUUAUAGAGAGGAUUGGGACCGUUGCAUAUCGCCUACAGUUGACUCCUGAGUUAGAGAAGAUACAUAAUGUGUUUCAUGUAUCCAUGCUUAAGAAGUAUGUGCAUGAUCCCUCUCACGUAUUGGAGAAGCCACCUGUAGAGGUACGUGAGGAUUUGAACUACGCUGUUCAACCUAUCAAAGUCACCGAUAGAAAGGUGAAGAAGCUGAGGAGCAAAGAAGUCCCAAUGGUUAAAGUCCUGUGGAAGAGCGAUCGAGUCGAGGAAGAGACAUGGGAAACGGAGGCUUUGAUGAGGAAGCAGUAUGCUUUCCUAUUCGAGUAGAGCUGUGAAUUUCGGGGAUGAAAUUCCUGUUAAAGGGGGGGUGAACUUGUGACACCGCACCCGAACGUCCUUGAAAAUUCGAUUUAAAAAUUUAACAUUUAUGUAUUGAAUUUCCGAUUUCAAAACAAUGGAAGAAACGAUUAAUAUUUUACGAAGUACAUGAUUGAAUAUUGUAUUGUUCAAACCCGUAUUCUUUUGUAAUAUCCAUCAAGUAAAUUAUUGGGAUGAGCCUACACAUAUUGGAGAUCAAUAAUGUGAUUUAGGAAGUUGACUUGUUCUAAAUAAAUUAGGAUGAGUACAAAAAGACAUCUUUUGACAAAGAUAAAACAAUAGGACCCAUUUUCCUCAUUUUUGGAAGUAUUGGUAGAUAAUUUGAAUCCCAAAAUGAUUGGGAUCAAUUGGGAACCACUCCACAUGACAUUAGUACCUGCAAGACAAAUAAAAAUGGGUUAGGAAACUUACCUUGGCCGACCACCAUGGAGAGGAGCUGCACAAGACUUGAUAGGAAUCAAAUUUUGGGGCCACCACCACUGUUUUCGCACAAACAGGUGUGCUGUUUUGUCUCCCUUCAUUUUGAGAGUUGUACUCGUCCAAAUGAGGUGUAUAAGGUGUCCUUGGAUAGCCUUUGAAGUCUAGUAUCUCAAUUGAGUGGUCUUUGUUCGAGGAGAGAAAGCUUAUCUUACAAAAAUCGAGCUGGAGUGAGUGGUGGUCUGUGAACUCGAGCUGUGAGAGUGCUGAGACUGUUUGGUUGAUAUCUCGAGUUUUACAAAUCCAAUUAAGGCGUGUGAGAUACCCACAGAAAGCUCUCAAGACGAGGAAUCCGUGAAGGUCUGGUUUGCAGGAAUCGGAGUUGUGGAAGGCUUCCAAAUCGUCCGAGCAAAACACAACCUCGCAGGAGAGGAUUUAAUCUUCUAAAAGAAACGAGUUGACCGGGAAACACCCGUUCUAGGGGCUGUUUUCGUAUCAACGAUUAAGGGUUGAACUAGCACCUUGAGGAGGCUGUUUAACACUCAUAUUUGAGCAAGGAAUCAGUUCCAAAUCCACCUUGACCAAAGCUUUGACCAUUGGACCAAGAAGGGAAAGUUUAAAGCUCAAUUGAGGUGAGGAUUGACAUCUAAUUGUUUACAACUUGUAGGUUAAGCAUGAGAUUACCUAAAUGCUUAAAUCAUGAUUUUUCAUGGAUUAUGAUGAUUAUAUAUUGAUGAAAUAUUGAUAUAGUUGCCAAAGAAUGAAAUUUGAAAUGAUUUGAGAAGGUAUGAAUAAUAUGAGAUUAAAUGAGUAUAAAUGAACUAUUUGUGAAAAUGGGCAUUUUUCUCAUGUAUGAAUUAUGUGGAUACAUAAAUGAAUAUUUGUGUAUUGAGAAUGAAUGUUUAAGUUGCUGCUACAUAAGUAUAAAUAUGUAGAGAAUUACAAAUAACAAGGAUAAUGGUUUGAUAACAAUAAUCUUAAUAGUAUUGAAAUACUAGUUAAUGAUUAUUGGGAUUUAUUGAUUAAAUUGAUCCUAGGGAUUGGAUUGUAUGAAAGGUGCUUGAAUAUAGUUCAAGUGUAUAUAAUAACUUAGUAUGGAACUAAGGUUAAGUUAUGGGAAGUCUUUAAGGAUGACCCAUGGUAGUUUAAUGAUAUGUCAAUUCUAGGCAUAGGGUUGCUUGAGAAUUGGACCUUAAUGCAUGGUGAUGUGAUAGAGCCGAGCUCUAGAAUGCAUGUAAGGGUAGACUUGGAGUCUAUGUAUUGUAUAGCUAGAGCCGAGCUCUAGGACUUGCGUGGUGAUGUGGUAGAGCCGAGCUCUAGAACGCAAGGUAAGGAAAUUGACCCGAGGUAUAUGAAUUGUAUGGUGAUGUGGUAGAGCCGAGCUCUAGAAUACAAUGUCAUGUACUAGGGUUGGACUCUAGGAGUUGUCGUGGCUUAUAGCCACGGGGUUGGGAAUGGUGAUUUCCAAAUGAAAACGGGCCCACGGGCCGACUACUUGACUUUUAUAUAAAGUAAGUAUAUUUUUAAACGGGGUAACUUAGGGUUACAAUCAUAAUGUACUAUCACCCUACUUGAGGGUCUUGUGUUUGAAAUACUUGUUGUAUAUCUAUUAGAUGCCUGCCACACCAGUACUUUAUAGCCGUAUAGAGUACUGACCCCUUCGGGGGCGUCCCACCACCAUUUCAGGUUGAGGCUAGAGCUUGCUUCCUGUGCUCGUUGAUCGAGUGAUUCCUUGGAGAGAAGACUUGGUUCGUGCUUCCUCCAUUCUGUUUUUAAAUAAUAUUAAACUUGCUCAUGGAUAUUUUACUUUAGAGCCUGCGUGCUCAUGUUUGCCCUGUGUGGCCCUUUUGUUUUAAACAAUGUUUUCCGCUGCGUAUUCAAUUGUUUAUUAUGUAUGUUUAUGGAUGACUUAUGUGUGAAUGAUAUUCAUGACGCCUUGUAUAAUAUGAAUGUGUUGGACUGCGGUUGACUAUUCGUAUUGUACGGCGGGUUGUUGACGUGUCCGGGGAGGUCCGGGGCGUGACAGGAAGUCCAACAUAAACAUCGGAUAUUAAGGACGAUGGAUU